AUGUCCACCCGCAAGAGAAAGGCAGACCCUGAGGAGGAGCUCCAGGCUCUUCCCAGCGACGUGAGCGAGGACGAAGAGGAAUAUGAAGACUCCGAGCCCGAUCUUUCGGACGUGAGUGACGAGGGCGACGAGGAAGCAGGCGAGGAGGACUUUGACGACGAGGACGAAGAUGAGGAGGAGGAGGGUGAAGCUGAAGUUCAAUCGCUAACAAUAUUUCGCCGCGCAGGUCCUCCAGCACCCAAGAAGCAGAAGACCAAACCUGUCCCUGUGGCCGAGGACGACGAAGUCGCCGAGAACGGCGCCAAUGGUGACAAGGACGAGGAGGAAGAGGAGGAGGAGGAGGAGGAGGAGCUGGCUGAGAACGAAGAUGAUGACGACGAGGAGGCGCCUGCUGAUACGGCGGAGACCAGCGGCCCUGCUGCGGCCGCCGCGAAGGCGAAGGGCGGCGUCGUUCCCAAGGAAUCUGACCUCGCCGAGGUUGAUGCUGCAGACGAGUAA